UUAGCAUCCGCCCGGUCAGCGCGUGUCUCAGCACAGCAGAAUCAAGCACGAGCUGAGGAGAAGUGUGGUGGAGUGAGGUGAGAGUCCGCGCGACUGAACGCUUCAGUCCUGUCGACAGCAAUGAGAAAACGACACCAAACUGCCACACAAGAAUUAAAUGAAUCCUAAGGACACUUUCCUCUUCUUGGAUAACGGAAUUCUUGUCGAGUUCGCUUGUACGGAAGAGUUGGGAAAGCAAAGAGCGCGGGUUACAGAGAGGAAGUUACAGAAGAAUUAUAGAAGAGACUUCUAGGCACGCUUGUCAUCAGCUGGAAGGAAGAGACAUUUACAGGUACAUAUGGGGCAGGGAGACGCUUCGGCGAGAGGCACAAGGAUGGAGGGAGAUUGUCUCAGCUGCAUCAAGUACCUCAUGUUCAUCUUCAACUUCUUCAUUUUUCUUGGAGGUGCAUUCCUUUUAGGGGUGGGAAUCUGGGUGCUGGUUGAUCCGACAGGUUUCCGGGAGAUUGUGGCAGUCAACCCUCUACUGUUUACUGGAGUCUAUGCAAUCUUGGUCAUGGGUGGGAUGUUGUUCCUCCUGGGAUUUUUGGGCUGCUGCGGAGCCAUACGGGAAAAUAAAUGCCUUCUACUCUUUUUCUUCAUGCUGAUUCUCAUCAUAUUUCUGGCAGAGCUCGCUGUGGCGAUUCUGGCUUUCAUAUUUCGGGAGCAUCUCACCAGGGAUUACUUCAGCAAGGAACUGAAAACACAUUACCAAGGCAGCAACAGCACCGAUGUCUUCACCUCCACGUGGAAUGCAAUUAUGACCACAUUUGACUGUUGUGGGGUAAACAGCGCUGAAGACUUUGAUGAUCACAGCCUCUUCAGACGGCUGAACCCCAACAGACUGGUGCCCGAGGUCUGUUGCCAGAGGAACGAUCUGAUGAUGAGCAGGGAGGAGUGUGUCAAGGGGAUCAUGCCGAUUCGUAACAAGGGCUGUUAUUCGGCGGUGAUGGACUAUUUUGAGACAUACAUCUAUAUGGCUGGUGCACUUGCUAUUGUGGUGCUGACUAUUGAACUUUUUGCCAUGGUAUUUGCUAUGUGUUUGUUUAGAGGAAUCCAGUAAUCGAAACAUACAUGUACAUGGACAUUUUAAGAAGGAAAGUGGCAUGGCAUGGAAGAAAAUUUUAUAUAGGAAAAAAAGAAACACCAUUGUAACUGUCAUCUUUAUGUAGUCA